AUGAAUUCAUUUCAGAGUAUCACAUUUAGAUCAUACUCAAAAUCUUCUGGAUGGAGUGACUGGGUCAAGGUGGGAACCAUAUCCGGAAAGCCUGAUUCGAAUGAUGCUCUUACGAGUCUGCAGUUUAAGUACACCGGCGUGGGUAAGCUCGACAUUCAAACAUACUUGGAGAGCAAAGAAUGGGUCCAAGCUUCUUCGGACGGUUCGAUUUGUGGAGAUACCCAAUGUGAAAAGAUUAUACAUGCCCUACGAAUGAGCUUAAAGAAUGCUGUUGGUUAUCAUGUUUUUUACCGCGUGUGUUUCGAAGAUGGAAACUGGACCCACUGGAAGCGUGAUGGAGAUAUGGUUGGAGAUACAGCGUGCCAGCACUAUAUUGUCGCUUUAGAUGUACGUUUUGCUAUGGAUGAACCUCAUCUUCAAUAUCGCCUUUAUAUUUUUAACGUUGGAUGGACAAAUUUCGUAGGAGACAAUCAGGUCGCCGGACUCGAAGGCAAGGGACAGCGGGCCGAAGCGCUUUAUAUUCAUUACACGGGUCCUGGGCGUAUUAUGCUGCGUUGUCAUGUGCAGAACUAUGGCUGGAUGUCUGACGUGCAAAACGACAUGGUUGGAGGCACGCAAGGGAAGGGUCUUCGUCUGGAAGCCAUUCAGCUGCGCUUGGUGGAAGCGGAGGGUUAUCACAUUUACUACAGCGUUUGUGUGAAGGGAAUGGGCUGGCAGCCGUGGGUGAAGGACGGAGAGACAGCCGGAACCGAGGGCAAAUCGACUCCCCUUGAAGCCCUGCGAAUUCGAAUUGCAUUGUAA